AUGUUUGGCUGGACCUUCAAUGGGACACACACGUUCAGCUGGAAGACGAAGCAUGCGUGCGGGAGUUCGCAGGCCGUGCCCUCGCAGCCGAAGCCGCCUCCACCCUCCGAGGAUUCUCCCGAGAAAGACCAUACGCCGCCGCCUACCGAGGGCCACCGUCCACCGCCAGAGGACGAUAAAGAUAAAUUUACGCAGCCGCCGCCCGUCUCCGAGCACGCUUCCCGCGCGUCGAUGAUGACCAUUUUGCUUUGCACGGCCGCGGGAUUCUUCUGCAUCGGAUAUAUUCUUCUGCACCCUCCAUCGUCCGUUCGCCAGCGCCUCGCGCCCUAUGUCCGCGCGUUCCGCCGCUCACGGUUCCGGGGUGCCAUCAGCGAAUCCAAGCUCUUACAAUGGGCGCAAGAAGACAUUGACCUGAUGGACGAGAAUGAGGACGAGAUGGUCAAUGCGCACGGGGAAGAAGACGUGUUCAGGCUCGACGAGCAGAUCCCGUUGAAGCCGAGCCCGAAGCGCGGGCUGAAGACGAACUACGGGACGGCGAAGUGA